GUGGCCGUGGCGCCGCGCAGCUGAAACCCGGGAGCUGGUGGGUCGUGAGGCACAAUGCCGUAUGCCAACCAGCCCACCGUGCGGAUCACGGAGCUUACCGAUGAGAAUGUCAAGUUCAUCAUCGAGAACACGGACCUGGCGGUAGCCAACUCUAUACGAAGGGUCUUCAUCGCCGAGGUGCCCAUAAUAGCCAUUGACUGGGUUCAGAUUGAUGCCAAUUCCUCAGUCCUUCAUGAUGAGUUCAUUGCUCACAGACUUGGACUAAUCCCCCUCACUAGUGACGACAUUGUGGACAAGUUGCAGUACUCCCGGGACUGCACGUGUGAGGAGUUCUGCCCCGAGUGCUCAGUGGAGUUCACCCUCGACGUGCGGUGCAAUGAAGACCAAACUCGUCACGUCACAUCUCGAGACCUCAUCUCCAACAGCCCCCGGGUCAUUCCAGUGACCUCUCGGAACCGAGAUAAUGACCCCAAUGACUACGUGGAACAGGAUGACAUCCUCAUUGUCAAGCUGAGGAAAGGCCAGGAGCUAAGACUUCGAGCCUAUGCCAAAAAGGGCUUUGGCAAGGAGCAUGCCAAGUGGAACCCUACUGCAGGGGUGGCUUUUGAAUAUGAUCCUGACAAUGCCCUGCGGCACACGGUGUACCCCAAGCCCGAGGAAUGGCCGAAGAGUGAGUACUCCGAGCUGGAUGAAGAUGAGUCCCAGGCUCCCUACGACCCUAAUGGCAAGCCAGAGAGGUUUUACUACAAUGUGGAGUCCUGUGGCUCUCUGCGUCCUGAAACCAUUGUCCUCUCAGCCCUCUCUGGAUUGAAGAAAAAGCUGAGUGACUUACAGACCCAGUUAAGCCACGAGAUCCAGAGUGAUGUUCUGACCAUAAACUAGUGGCAGCUCAGUGGCAGCUCUUGUUCCAGCAAGAGGGGUUCUAGACCGGCAGCUGGCUCUCCAGUCUCUCCAGAGAUACCUGUAGCCUCUGGGGUGGCCAGCUGUUGCUCAGGCUUCUUGGCAAGCCAUCAGUAACCGUAGGAAAGUAGCUGAAGGGGGAGGGGUUCCCUCCCAGCUUUGCUCCAUUGCGGACAGGUGGCCCUGGAGUGCCACUGGUAUCUGAAUCCAGACAGGUUUUUACUAGACAUUAGCAUCCUGGCCCUGCCCCCUGAUUGCCAGCAGUACCCCCAGAUCACCCCUUCAGCCGGUUUCCUGACAUACCUGGGUAGGGUGAGAACUGCAGGGUAAGACUCACCUCUUCUGGUCAUUUCGGGUCUUCAGCCCCUUUCUAAAAGCUCUCACCAUUGAACCUUGGGCUUCUGGUGUCAGGACUGAGUGCUGGAGCUAUCCGUCCAGCUCCCGGCCCAAGCCAGCCUAUAAGCAUUUCACUCAAACCCCCGAGUGGCCCAGACUUGAGAAACCUUAGUAAAUGGUGUUAAGACUGUGGCUGCCCCCCUCCCCAGAUAAACCCUGUAUGUCUGCAUUUACUGCCAGGGGCCUGAUUAUUUAAGUUCACAGGCUGGGGGGCAAGGGCCUUAAGGGAGGUCUGGCCUUGACCCCUUAGCCCUAGAGGUAGAAUCACCCCCAAAGCAAUUAAUUAGGCCAUCUAGAAGGAGAAACCAGGAGAAAACUGGAGACCUGCUACAGAAAGGAAGGGAUAUUUAUUAACAGGAGUUGUCUUUUUUAAAAGUUUUUAUUUUUGGCAAUAAAGAGCACAACAUAAUCUC